AUGAACCACAGCUCAAAUGAACCUGAGACCGAGAGCAUCGAACCCCUGCGCUAUCUCAGUAAGUCAGAGGUGGGAAACAUCGAGACUGAGCUGUUGAGAGAUUAUCGUUUUGGGCGUCAGCAGCUUAUCGAGAUAUGGGGUCACGCCAGCGCUAUCGCCAUCACUAAGGCCUUCCCGUUGACUUCUCUGAGUAAGAAGCAGCCCACAGUGCUGGUCAUUUGUGGCCCAGAGCAGAACGGAUCCAUCGGCCUGGUCUGCGCACGUCACCUACGUAUAUUCGAGUAUGAGCCCACUAUCUUUUAUCCCAAGCGUUCUCCGCUCAGCCUGCACCAGGACUUCACCGUGCAGUGUGAGAAGAUGGACAUCCCGUUCCUUUCCUACCUGCCCACCGAGGUUCAGCUGAUAAACGAUGCCUAUAACCUGGUGAUCGAUGCCAUUCUGGGGCCGGAGACCGAGCAGAGAGACGUGAAGGAGCCGUACAGUAGCAUCCUGCUCACCCUCAAGCAGAUUAAAAUCCCCAUCGCUAGUCUGGAUAUACCCUCAGGUUGGGAUGUUGAAGAAGCCAGUAAAGACGGGAUUAAUCCUGAAGUCCUGAUCUCCCUCACAGCCCCAAAGAAGUGCGCCACUGGUUUCUCGGGGAAACAUUUCCUCGCCGGACGCUUCCUCCCGUAUGACAUGCAGAAAAAAUAUGAACUCAACCUCCCAGAAUUCCCUGGUACAGAAUGUCUUAUAGAACUGUAA